AUGAUGAAGCUCUUUCCCCUUGUAAUACUUUCAAGCCUAUUGCUCAAACAAGUGAGCCUAGUUCUUGCAGACGUUGGUACUGCUGCAUCUUAUGGACCACCAUACAUACCAGCUACUGCUUGCGAUGGCAAUAGGCCAGGUCAAUUUCCUUCUGGAAAUCUAUUUGUGGCUGUGAAUGAAGGGUUAUGGGAUAAUGGAGCAGCGUGUGGAAGGAGAUACAGAAUAAGGUGCCUGAGUGGAAACAAUAGACCAUGCAAAGGUGGUAGCAUCGAUGUUAAAGUGGUAGAUUCUUGUUCAAGUUCACCUUGUCCCAACACCCUCCUCCUGUCUAACGAUGCCUUUGCAGCUAUUUCACGCUUCCCUCAUGCAAAAAUCAAUAUUGAAUAUACCCAGUAA